AUGGUGCUGAGAGUGGAUAACCAUCGUUGGCAAAAUGUUCCCUUCGUUUUGCGCGCUGGCAAAGCGCUGAACGAACAAAAGGCCGAGGUGCGCAUUCAGUUCAAGGAGGUCUGUACAGAUUUGUUUGAUUAUGAUACCGUGUUACGCAACGAAUUGGUCAUUCGUGUGCAGCCAAAUGAAGCCGUCUACGCUAAACUGGUCACCAAGACUCCUGGUAUGUGUUUCAACACAGAGCAAACCGAACUGGAUCUGACCUACUCCAAACGCUAUCAGAACCUCAAACUUCCUGAUGCCUACGAGCGUCUGAUCCUUGAUGUACUUUGUGGCAAUCAGACCAACUUUGUCCGCCACGAUGAACUUCAGGAAGCGUGGCGAAUACUGACUCCGCUUCUUGAUUAUCUUGAAGAGAAUAGAAUUCAACCACAACCAUACAUUUUUGGCAGCCGCGACGGCCCCGAAUCGGGUGACUUACUUCGUAAACGAGCUGGAUAUCGUUAUUCUGGAACCUACUCUUGGCCGUUCAAUGCAAAUGGAAACUAG